UUGAUGGGCUUCAGACCUCCUCUUCCUCUGUCCUCUUGCUAACUGGCUAUGCCAACAAAAACAGCACCUAAGAAGGCAAAGGGCUUCAGGACUAGACAUUUUGUUGUGGAAUUUUGGCUCAGGUUUUUCAUCUAGACCAAGCAUCUAUUCCUCAGCCCCAGGGAUCAUGGCCAAAGAUGCUGGUCUGAUUGAGGCCAAUGGGGAGUUGAAGGUUUUCAUUGAUCAGAACUUGAGCCCUGGCAAAGGUGUGCUGUCUUUAGUAACAGUGCAUCCACAGUCAGUGGCUGUUGGAAAACACCUGUUGCCAAAAACACUGGGCCCUUCCAACGUGAAUAUCGCACCACACAUGGUCAUUAGCACACCUCAGAGGCCCAGUGGCUCCAAUGUAAUCCUAAUGAACAGCCCACACACACCCAGCUCUCAGUUUAUCACCCAGAGUCAACCAUCGGAAGCCUCUCCGUGGUCCUCGGGAAAGAGGGGUAAGAAGGGGGAGAAGAACGGGAAAGGCCUCAGACAUUUCUCGAUGAAGGUUUGCGAAAAGGUCCAGCGGAAGGGUGUCACAACCUACAACGAGGUUGCUGAUGAGCUUGUGGCUGAAUUCAGCUCUGGUGAUAAUCAUAUCUCCCCUAAUGAUGCGCAUGUGUAUGACCAGAAGAACAUUCGACGGCGUGUGUACGAUGCACUCAAUGUGCUGAUGGCCAUGAACAUCAUCUCCAAAGAGAAGAAAGAGAUCAAAUGGAUUGGCCUGCCUACAAAUUCUGCUCAGGAGUGCCAGAACCUGGAGGUGGAGAGGCAAAGACGUUUGGAGAGAAUCAAACAAAAACAGUCGCAACUUCAAGAACUAAUUUUACAGCAAAUUGCCUUCAAGAAGCUUGUACAGCGGAACCGCCAGAGAGAACAACAGACGAAAAGGCCCCCACUUGCCAACUCGGUCAUUCGCUUGCCAUUUAUUAUCGUAAACACCAGCAAGAAAACAGUCAUUGACUGCAGCAUCUCCAAUGACAAGUUUGAGUACCUCUUCAACUUCGAUAGCAUGUUUGAGAUUCAUGAUGACAUAGAGGUGUUGAAGCGCAUGGGCAUGGCUUGUGGUCUCGAGGUGGGCAAGUGCUCUGCUGAGGACCUGAAGACUGCCAGAAGCUUGGUGCCCAAAGCACUGGAGCCCUAUGUCACAGAAAUGGCACAGGGACCUAUCAGUAAUGUCUACAUGACAGGGGCUUCGUCUGCUAAUGGAGGCCGCUAUCUUGUUGGGAGUGACGGUGGGGCAGACGGCACGAUGGCCUCUAGUUCAAAUGACUCCCACUACAGCGGCUCUCGGGUGGAGACUCCCGUCUCUUACAUGGGCGAUGACGAUGAUGAUGAAUUUGACGAAAACGAUGACGAGGACUAAGCCCAGUUCUUGUUCAGCCUGUCCAUCGUGCACAAGUUCUUCCAGCUGCCAUAUCUGAGGAUUGAUCAACCACAUCGUUCUUUUUCCUCUUCUGCAACUCACCGUUUCUUUCACUCUCUGUCUGAGAAGGGCAUUGAAGAACACAGGCUUUAAUAGGAUGAGUUGUUUUCAUCCUCGUCUUUCUGAGCUCAGGACAAGCCACUUCAUCACAGGCUGUGCGCUUUGCCUGCUGGGAAUUAUAGUUUUCAGCUGAAGGACUUUGCUGAAGUUUAGAGGUGUCACUUUAUUUUCUGUCGCAGUGUUCCUACUGGAUGUUAUCCGCUCUGAUCUGCGUGACCCUCUGGAACGUUCCCUCCUGAAGAAAACAUCAGCCUUGCGUGCUGUUGGAAAAUGUUGUGUGAUCUCUGUGUGAAGUAGUUCUCUUCCGUUUUUGAAUGAUCUUUUUUUCUUUUUUUUUUUUUUGAAUGGCUGGCUUGAUUUGCAUUCUGAUGAUUCGGAGACUAAUGAAUCGAAGAACCUAUAAAGCUGGUUGCUAUUUUUUGCCCCAUGCAGGGCAGGUCUUUGGAUGUGUGGACUCUUUUCAUAUGCUGACCUGAUGAUUUCUUGCAGGCUUUUUUUGUAGAAUCUCCUCCCGUGUGUGUUCAGCUCCUUGGCGUUCUGCAGAGUGCUGCUUUUUUGGAGGACUCUGAGAAGUCAGUCUUUUUUUGUUUUGUUUGUUCUCUUUUGGUUUUGGAGCUUCAUAGGCCAACCUGUCCUAGAGACACUGGAGGACAUCUGAGAAACUUCAGUACCUUAAAGCAGUUAUAGGAAUAUAAAAAUGCUUUGUUUCUUAACCACAUAUCAAAAUUUGUUUCUAGUGUGCUCUUUCUGCGUCAGUAAUACCUUGAAGCGUGUAAGAUUAUUGUUGUGUAUUAAAAAGAUAUGGACUUUAGGUCUCUAUCGAUUUUCCCUUUGAAAAGUUCCUUUAAAAAAACAACAA